AGAGUCACAGAGUGGCAUAAGGUAAAUAGCGGCGUUCCUCAAGGCUCUGUAUUACAGGAAUUUGUCACAGCAUUGAGGGAUGUGAAGAAAGCAGUGGAUGACAUACACCGGGAAGUGAGUGCCACGAAUGAAGUGUGUGUGGACGUGAAGUCUCGACUCCAGGCCACAAAAUCAGAGACUCGGCACCUCAUCCACCAGACGACCUCACUCCAGAACCGGAGCAACAAGCUACACAUGCAGAAGACAGUGGCUGAGGCAUUUGUGAGGUGCUUCCAAUUGACACCAGAUGAGGUAGCCACCAUCAAGGGGUCCACCAGAGAGUCUCCCAUCACCCCAGAGUUCUUUACCAUCUUGGACAAGACACAGAAGAUACGCAGCAACACCAAGUACCUCCUGCAGACGGGCCACCAAAACACUGCCUUGGACAUGGCGGAGCAAAUGAACGUGUGCCGUGAAGCAGGUCUGGAGAGGCUGUACCGCUGGUGUCAGGGGCAGUGUUGCUCCCCAGACCCCUCACCUUUGCUCACACAAGCCUUAGCAGCUCUGCAGGAGAGACCAGUGCUUUUCAACCUGGUGGUGGAGGAGUGGAUGGUGGUGGUGAGAUGAGGAUGGCUGGUGAGGGGCUUCCUGGAUGCUCUCACCAUAGGAGGACCUGGAGGAGCACCACGACCCAUACAGCUGCAGGCACAUGACCCCCCCCCUGCACUACGUGGGGGACAUGCUGGCAUGGGUGCAUCAGCCCCUCCCUUCUGAACGUGAGGCGGCCCAAUCACUUUUUGCCAAGUACUCCAAUCUAGACCCAACAGAGCAGACAAGGAGUACUGUGGCCAGCGUAUCGGAGAGUGUUUGCCGUCCUCCUAGAACCAGAAUUGAGCAGACGAUUGUGACAGACCAGCGUCGGGAGGGAAGCAAGAAACCCGUCAUGUUGUACAAGAUAAGCAACCUCCUCAGAUUCUAUCACAACACUGUUUUGCAGGUGACUGAUGCAGGACUGCUGGUGGCCACUCUUGAUGAACUCCACCAGCUAAGCUACAAGAUGUUUUUAUAUCAGCACUGCAGAGUCAAGUGAGCCAUGUGAGUGAGUGAGAGGAUAGAGCCGCCAGGAGAGACACUGGCACCCACACCUGGAGUGGCAUGCACCCUGAGUCUGCUCACUGAGGUGGUUACUGCCGCCACUGUGGCUGACGACGCACACCAUGAUUGUAAGCAGAUUGUGAGUUGUGUGGUGGAUCCUCUGAUGAAUGCGAUAAGUGAGAAUGCAACUGGACUGGGUGCAGUGGAGUCUGCUGUGUAUCUGCUCAACUGCUUCCACCAGCUGCACACCACUGGGGAUAAACUAGAGAUGAUCCAGGGACAGAUUGACGCCCAGCUGGACACACUGAGCCAGGAGCAGAUCAAUGGGGUGUGUGUGUCAUAGCAUGGGAGUGGCCACCAUGUACCCACUGAUCACCAACCCUCCCACCACACCUCUCUCCCAGCACCCAUCGUGUCAGCCUUUGGCCAUACAGGCAUUCAUGACCAAGCUGGAUGGGUUCCUGGCUGCCCCUGACCAUCUCAUGCUGCCCCACACCAGGCUGCUGCUCUCCUCCUCCUUCAGACGGUCCCUGCAACAGUGCACAGCAGAGGCAGUGUGCACAGUUUACAAGCAGCUGCAUGAUAUAGUCCAUAACCCAACCCAUGGCUACACAGACCCCAGUUCCCUCCUGCCCAGUGACCCUGAGACUGUGAAAACCCUCCUCUCCUAGCAGGAAUGCUCUUGGCUGGGUCACUGUUGUUGAUUUGUUGAAAGUUUUGUCCUGUUAGCGGCACAACCAGCAUGCCCGACUCAGCCACUUUGCUGAAAGCCACCAGAAGAUUGUGUGAGCAUGGUGGUGGUGAUGCCAGACCUGCUGCCACUGUCAAGAAUGGUGAAACUAAAGAAAAAUCAAUUAAAUCUCAGAAUCUGGAAACCCAGAUAGAAGACCAUAAGCCACUUCAGGGGACAGAGAGAAAGAAGACUGGAGAGUCUGACUCACAUGUCUUAAAACAUGAGUCCAGUGUAAAAGAGAAAGCUGCUGCAGAGAAACAAGACAAGAAGACAUCUAGCCACAAGAAACUACAUGAUCUUCUUUCAUCUUUGGCUAGUACUGACCCCAUAUUCCUGUGGAGCCUCAAGUGCAGCCGUCACGUCCCAAAGCUCGGAAGAAGACCAAAACUGCAGGAAAAGGCAAAUUAUCCCCGGUAUCAGAGCCUGACCUUGAACCUGAGCUUGUUUUAGCAACCAAAGAAGUGGCUAAAAGUCUUGGUGGGGAUGUGAAGGAAACUGAGUCGGAGCUUCUGUCCACCUUGCGCCUCCACUCUUCAGAGACUACCACUGGCACUGCCCCAUCUCUCAGUGAAAUUGUUUGU